UUAGAGAAAAAAAACUGAGACUCAGAGAGGUUGAGUAAGCCAAUGGCAGAGGCACAGUCCACACCCCAGAGGUGGUGCUCUCUGGCACAGCCAGGCUGCCCCAGGGCUCUCUGGGUUUCUGCUUCCUGGUGUCUCUCUUUGAGUUUGCUGUAGGGGUUUCGGUGCCCUCUCAUGUGAGUGAACCUGGCUCAGUCCAUAGCCAGGCAAACAGAAGCACCAGUCUCUGGCAAGAUUCUGAACAAAUAUCAGGACCCUCCCGGCCAAGGUGGCUGGGCUGUACUUUGCCCCCAUGAAUCAGCUCCCUGGAGGCCGGGCAGUUGCAAAGGUGACUAACUAGCUAUAGAUUCGAGGGCCAGGUAAGUCUGGUGGAUGUGGCACCUGGACUUUGACAAGCUCCAGGAGCAGAGGAGGCCCAUCUGGGCAGGUCCCGGAGCGGUGCGGCUGAGCAGGUGGAAUUCCCUCACUUUGAGAAUCUUAGGCAUUUGAAUUUGAUAUCCUUGAUUACAACCCCUCUCUGACUUACCGGAGCUGGUGUCUCUUGGCAACAAGAUGAUGUGAUGUCAGAGAAGAGAUUGGGAACUGUGCCUUUGCAGUUUGGGGACAGGCUGCCUGGUGAAAACAUCUGGGGACAAGUGUGCAGGGAAAUAAAACAACUGUACAGCUGACUCAAACCCAAGAGAAAUCCAGAGGGUCAGGGAUGGAACCUUGGGUUCCCCUGCGGCCAUCUCAGCCUCGGGGGAGGCCCAUGGCACCUCCAAAGGACCCCGGCCGAGGGCUUCAAAGUGGACCUCAUCGGCCUGUUCCUCACCGUCGGCACAAUGGAGAGGGGUUCCACCGAUGGCAAGACAUCCGUGGGAGCCCACAGCCACUGCAGGACCCCCGGGCAGACCACCUGCAGCCCCCUCAUGCACCCAGGUCUGGGGUGGACUACUAUGACGGGGCCUAUCCCAGCCAGGGGUACUCCAGGCCAGGCUUCGAGGAUCCCUAUCACAGAUAUCACUCUCCAACUAUGAGGGAAGAAUAUGCCUAUGGGAGUUAUUACUACCGUGGCCACCCGCAGCAGCUUCAGGAAGAAAGAGCAGUGCCAAGGCAAGGGACUCCUUAUAUCUGGCAUGAAGACUACGGAGAUCAGAAGUACCUCGGUGGGGAUCGCCAUCGGGAAAACCAGAACAGUUCAUUUGGGAUGAACAGUGAGACCCAGUUUCAAUCUAUCAGCCGGAGCCCUUAUAAAGACAGUCCUGCUUCCAGCUCCGGACAGGAGCGGCCUGGGGAGCUCUUUUCGGAGAGUCGGUUAACUGGUGUCUGCAAGAAUAAGCCAUCACUGACCAGCAAGUCCAACCUUGUCCAGCAGCACGAGUCUGGUCUCAGCUCCAGCAGCUAUGAGCUCAGUCAGUACAUGGCGGAUGCCCCUGAGCAGUAUGAUCCUAGGGCGUCAGCAGUUUGGAGUCCAGGUCAGGCAGGGGAUGUCUCAGCAGCAGGUCCCCACACACCCAUGAAGUUCUACGUCCCUCAUGUGUCUGUGAGUUUUGGUCCAGGAGGUCAGCUGGUGUGUGUGUGUCCCAGCUCUCCCCCUGAUGGGCAGACGGCCCUGGUGGAGCUACACAGCAUGGAGGUUAUUCUUAGUGAUUCUGAAGACCAAGAGGAAAUGAGAAGUUUCUCAGGACCCCUGAUCCGGUCUACAGAUGAGAGUCGAGAACUGAGUUGGCUAUUAAACUCUAGGGAAGAUGUUCACAAGGUCGAUAUCAUGACAUUUUGCCAGCAGAAAGCAGCUCAGAGGCUCAAGUCUGAGACCCCAGGAAGCAGAGACUCAGCUCUACUGUGGCAACUGUUAGUUCUCUUCUGUCGCCAGAAUGGGUCCAUGGUGGGGUCUGACAUAGCUGAGCUGCUGAUGCAAAACUGUAAGCUGGAGAAGUACAAGAAGCAGCCCCCCGUGGCCAACCUCAUCAACCUGACCGACGAGGCCUGGCCCGUGAACUCCGGGACCCGAAACCUGCUCACCGGGGAGGUCUCUCCCACGGUGGAGACACCUGCGCAGAUCAUGGAGAAAUUCACCAAGCUGCUGUACUAUGGGAGGAAGAAGGAGGCCUUGGAGUGGGCCAUGAAGAACCAUUUGUGGGGUCAUGCUUUGUUCCUCUCCAGCAAGAUGGACCCACGGACCUACAACUGGGUCAUGAGUGGCUUCACCAACACACUGGCGCUCAACGACCCUCUGCAGACCCUCUUCCAGCUCAUGUCGGGGAGGAUUCCACAAGCAGCCACGUGUUGUGGGGACAAGCAGUGGGGGGACUGGAGGCCCCACUUGGCUGUGAUUCUGUCAAAUCAGGCUGGGGAUUCGGAGCUGCACCAACGUGCUAUUGUCACCAUGGGGGACACCUUGGCGGGGAAAGGGCUGGUGGAGGCCGCUCACUUCUGCUAUCUCGUGGCUCACGUGCCCUUUGGCCACUAUACUGUGAAGACGGACCAUCUGGCCUUGCUGGGCAGCAGCCACAGCCAAGAGUUUUUGAAAUUCGCAACAACCGAGGCUAUCCAGAGGACGGAAAUCUUCGAGUACUGCCAGAUGCUGGGCCGCCCCAAGUCCUUCAUCCCCUCUUUUCAGGUAUAUAAGCUCCUUUAUGCUUCCCGUCUGGCAGAUUAUGGCCUGGCCUCCCAGGCCCUGCAUUACUGCGAAGCCAUCGGCGCAGCUGUCCUGAGCCAGGGAGAGAGUAGUCACCCUGUGCUAUUAGUGGAGCUCAUCAAGCUGGCAGAGAAACUGAAGCUGUCAGAUCCUCUGGCUUUAGAAAGACGCCGUGGGGACAGGGACCAGGAGCCAGAUUGGCUACUUCAACUGCGGAGGAGGCACAGGGAGCUGGAGCAAAAGGCAGCAGGAGACGUUGGAGAUCCUCCUUCUGCUCGCUCAGAUAUUUCAGGAGCCAGAGGAAGAAUGACAGACACUUCCUGCCAGGAUCUUUUGGGACAUCAAGGCCACUCAGAAGUCCCUGGGUACCACUCAGCUCUGUGGCCAACACCUGAGCAGAUGGGCCUCCCUGAGCCCAGCCCACAGCAGCCCUUCCCCCUGCAGCAGGGCCCCUACCCAGUGGGAGGAGGUUCAGGGCACAUGGAGGCGCCGGUGCCUCUCUACUCGGUUCCUGAGACCCGUCUCCCAGAGCCCAGCAGUGAUAGUGGCGGUGACAGUGUGGCAGUGACAGGGGCUCCUGGAGGAAGGGCCUGGGAGGAAGCACUGCAGAUACACCCUCCCUCUGGAGAGAGCGCAGCAUCCCAAGACACCUCUUGGCAACUCGAUGAUCCAAAGGACAUUUCCAAACCUCAGGUGAAAGAACAAAGCGCCCCACCGGCCCCCAGAGCGCACAGUUUCUCUGAGAGUUCCACCAACUUGGGCCAGGAAGACCAGGAAGAGUCCUCUGAGGAAGCGGAUCAGAAACCUUCCCCAAAUGCUGCAGAGAGAGAGAAGCCGGGAGACGUGAAGGAGAACGCGAAGAGCUCAGGAUUUGGCUGGUUCAGCUGGUUUAGGUCGAAGCCCACGAGCAACGUGUCACCCUCUGGAGAGGAGGACACCUCAGACAGCACUGACUCGGAGCAGGAGCCCCCCAGAGCGUCCUCUCCCCACCAGGGACUCUCACCCAUGCCUCUCCUUGAGUCUCCACCUCUGCCUGGUGCUGGCUCCUCCUCCAGGGGCACAGGUGGGGGAGACCUUGGAAGAUCCUCGUCCAGUGGGGAAACAGCCGAGGGCACUGGAACUGGGGGGUUCUCGGAGCUUGAGGGUGUUUCUUCUGAGCUCUAUUCCAGACCUGGCGUUCUUCCUCCACCUGCCUUGAAGGGGGCUGUUCCGCUCUACAACCCAUCUCAGGUUCCCCAGCUCCCCAGGGCUCCCAGCCUGAGUCGGCCGAGCCGCCUAGCUCAGCGCCGCUACCCAACCCAGCCUUGCUGAGAAGGAACUUGGUCUCCAGCUCUUCUCUCAGGAGCACAGCUUUUCUAAUGCUCUGCCUUCCUCAGUCCCCAUCCGCUCUGCCAUGUCCAGGCCCUCAAGGUAGCCAUGCCAGCCUGUUGCCUCCACUGGCAUUUGGUGGCAAGGGAACAGGAUCCCCAAGGGACCGCUCACUCCAGGCUUAAGUCUAGCUUCAGCACGGUGGAAACUCAGAUGGAAAAUCUGGGUAUAAGAGGAGCCAGGAGGCUUGAGAACCUCAGGAAAAGUUAGGUCCCUAAGAAUCCUGUGGCUCACAUCGUUGGUGACCCCGCUGGGUGCUGCAGCAGGGCCUCAGAGCAACAUUCCAAGAGCACACUGACCCCCUCCCCAGGCUUAGUUAUAGAGAGUGCAUCGUUUCAGUUUGCAAAGUUUUUACACUGCAACUCGAUCACUGCUGCCCUUCAAGGAUUCCCUCUUCAAUGACAUUUCAGCAAUUUUCCUCCUGGUCCUAGUUUUCUGCAUAUUUUCUCUGUGGUUCAGAUUAAUUAUAUUUCCUCUCGCUUUCUUACCUGGUCCUAUUUUUUCACAUUCUGGCAUCUGGCUAUCAAGUUAGAUUGCUGUAGGCAUCAUAUUGUCAUGGUAACUACUGAACCUAAUGAUGCAGAUGGAUGGAACAUCAGUAUAAUAAAUGAUGGAAAACGUUUCCUAAAAAUUCAUCCUCUCCACGAGAGGGGAGGAAUGAGUGUCUGAUACAGUUAAUUCUCCCUUCCUACCUCAGCCUUUUGCAAAUUGAUGUUCGGAAGUUCAUUGGGGCCAGAGAGAGGAGGUGGGGGGAUAUCUUGGAAAUUUCCAUUUCUCCUUUCAGACCCCAAAUAGGAAUGAUUCUUGCUGUUUGUCAGACUUGCUGACAAUUACUCCUCACAAAGAACAGUUUUUUUUGUAUGUGUAAUUGUACAUAUGGGUUUUGUACUUUAAUGUACUACAGUUCUGAUGUUGAUAGCAAUUAAACCCAGAUAAUUUUAUAGAAAA